AUUGACCAUAGCGACAAAAGACGCCAAUAUGAAUGGAACCCAGAGUCGGCAAACUAAUAAUUUAAAAUAAAAUAAUAAAUAAGUUAUUAAGUAGUUUACUCUACUUAAAAAAAAAGCUGGGAAAAAUGAGUGUUUCAAAAGGUGAAUCAUCUGUACGUGUUGGUGUAACACUGGAUCUUAUUUUAAAAACUUUGAUCGCAUCAUCUGACUUCACAUCUCUAGACUGUAAAAAUUGGGAAGCAAUCUCAAAUUUCAUACCUGGGACAACAGCAAUCCAGUGUGCACGUAGAUAUGAGGAGUUGUUAUCAAGUGGGGGUGGCAUUGCGUUUCAGCAUUUGACAAACACAUUAAGCACUAGUGGACUUCGAAACAGUACAAGUGUGGCAAGUCUGACUGAUUCAGAGAGCAGUGGGCGUAUAACAACCAUUAGCAGACCAAAUUCUAGCAAAACCAAAGGGACAAGAGAAGACAAAGACAAAGCUAGUGCUAGCAAAGAUGGACAAGCACGAAAAGAUCUUGGGCAUAAAGGACCUAUUAUGGUGAUUCAUGUUUGUGAUGAGGGAAAAAAUUUAAAAAAAGAUUUCCAGUGUCCAAGAGAUUUGCUGGUCCAGGAGAUGAAAUAUUUUGCAGAGUAUCUGUCAACUGACGCCCAACGUUGGGAGGAAGUGGACAUUUCCGUUCAUUGUGAUGUGCAGAUAUUUGAUUGGCUGAUCAAGUAUGUCAAGCGUGGAACAAAAGAGGUCACAGAGGAGCCAAAAUUAGAAGCCAACAAUGUUGUUUCAAUACUGAUAUCAUCAGAUUUUCUAAAGAUGGAUAAUCUGGUUCAAGAAUGUGUAGAGUUUUGUCAUAAAAAUAUGAGUGCCAUUGUUGCAACACCUUGCAAUAUGGGUUGUAUUAAUGACAGAUUGCUUACAAGAAUAGCUGAGCUGUUUACUCAUAAUGAAGCUGAUGAAGUUAAAGACAGGAAAGACAAGUUCAAAAGCAAACUGUUCUCCAAAAAGAUCGAGAAACUUUUUGAACCUGGGACAAAAAAUGGUGACUCACCAGAGCUGGCAAGCACACUGUUCAAGUGCAGUGUGUGUAAGCGCCUCUUGACUAAAACUCUGAAAUCAAAAGUAAAAUGCAUGCCAAGUAGGAUGACCAUAGACAGGAGUGGGCAGAUGACCUUCUCGCAUAUCCCUGACCUUGCCUUUGAUGUGAAUGACCACAUCCUGGAGCUGAAGACGGAGCUGAAGAGCUGGAGAGAUGUCUACUGGAGGUUGUGGGGGACGGUCAACAGCUUGACCUGCGGCCGGUGCGAGCAGGUGUUUCCCCUGACUGAGUUUGGUCACUGCAGCUACCACCCUGAAGCGCCAGUCUAUGACAAUGAGCCAGGUGCUGUCAGCUCUUGUGUUGGCAUGUACCCAUGUUGCCAGGAAACAUCUGUACGGUUUGAUCCAACUCAAAUCAACAAGGGAUGUAAGGUCAAAGAUCAUGUGGUCAAUCUGCCAGCGUUGGCUGAGGGGGACAAAGCAACCAAAUCCCAGUCCCAAAUUCUCUUGAACGAUCUCCUUGCCAGGAGAGAUGUUAUAUGUGUACCACAUCACAGGCCGCUAGAACCAAGUGAUAUGGUUAUAGAUGUGUUUGGCAAUGAGCUGUUUGCGUGCCAGACUAGAACAUCGGGCGUACAACUCCCCAGUUUAAGUGCUGUGGGUUCUGAUGAGAGCAGAGUUGAGGUGAAGCCGAGGUUGCAGCCCUUGACUAUCGAGAAAGAGGUUUCUUUUUUUAUUGACAGCUUUGGUUCAGAGAGCGAUGAUGAACUGGGAGAUGAUGAAUCACAAAAAGACAGGUCCAACUCUGCUUUAACAAGCAGAAGAGAGAAAAAAGGUUUGAAGAAAUCUCUGGUAACUGUUGAACCCCAAGCCAUUCUGCUGGAUGCCCCUGAAUUUGACCAGAUGAAGAAGUUGACGUGGGACACCCAGCGUUCCAUCAGAUACAACCAAGAUGCUCAGAGACAGGAAGAUGCCAGACGGAUGAAAGAAAUACGACUUUUUCUGACACGACUCAGACUCACACCUGAGAAGGUGGACAGACCAAAGAAAGAGUAUCUUGGAGGUAUCUUCAGCAAGUUGGAAGCCCAAUGGAGAGUCAACAAUGUACAAACUAUAGUCAAACAGACUUUGCCUGGGCAGUUUAGAGCUCGACCUAAACCUUUGGGAGCACCAAAACAAGUCACCACUUGAUGGGAUCACCACAUGAUGAUCACCAUUUGAUUGUUACACUGUUGCUAAUCAUUCGAUGAUUCUUAUAUAUGAUCACAACCUUAUGCUCACCACAUGAAAACCUAUUUAUUAGUGUGUACAGAACAUGACCAAACCAAAACAGACAGCAUGAAAAUAUUGUGUACAAUUGUACACCUGUGUUUGCUAAUCACUCGAUGAUUCUUAUAUAUGAUCACAACCUUAUGCUCACCACAUGAAAACCUAUUUAUUAGUGUGUACAGAACAUGACCAAACCAAAACAGACAGCAUGAAAAUAUUGUGUACAUUUGUACACCUGUGUUUGUCAUGUUCACAAUUUUCUCUGACAAGGUAUAAAACUAAUUUCUACUUUACACAAACUGACUCAACACUUACUAUGUAGAAAUGUUUUAUAUCUUUUGUCCAGUUAUGUAUUUUGUUUAGAUUGAAGAUGGCCAUAGAGAAUAGAAAAACAGUUUGACAUAUUUUGUUUAGAUUGAAGAUGGCCAUAGAGAAUAGAAAAACAAUUCGACAUAUUUUGUUUAGAUUGAAGAUGGCCAUAGAGAAUAGAAAAACAAUUUGACAUAUUUUGUUUAGAUUGAAGAUGGCCAUAGAGAAUAGAAAAACAAUUUGACAUAUUUUGUUUAGAUUGAAGAUGGCCAUAGAGAAUAGAAAAACAAUUUGACAUAUUUUGUUUAGA